ACAGCACAAAAUAGCUGCAUCUCCCGGUGGGCCCCAAUUUUCUCCUUUUUUUAGAAUAGUUCACCCUUUGGGUGACGGACGGCGGGGGGCGUCGAUUUGGGCUCCAAAAGAGGGGGAAGUUUCUCCGGGCGUGUCGGAACAAGCAGUCGGUGGGAGAUCUCGACGUCGUCGUGGGGAUGAAGAAGGCCGGGGCCUACGCCGCAUCCCUCGCGGCCGCCUCUUCGGCCGCUCUCACCGCCCUCAACAACUCCGAUCACGGCGCCUCCAGCUCCCCUUCCUCCGUCAAAGAGGGAUCGGGAUCGGGAUCGGGAUCGUCGAUUGAUAAGGACGCCACGGGAUCGGUGGUGGAAGACAAAUUCGCGCCGAGAUUCGACGGGCUCAGGUUCAUCGAGACGCUGGUGACGGCCCAUCGGUGAUUCACCGACCUCUUAUCGAGCGGUAAGAUCCGAUCUCUGCAGAGGACUUCUUGAUUUCGUCUUUUCGUUGUUGUGAUUGGUGGUAGCGUAACAUUGCUACAAGUUUUGUUGUUGAGGACUAUGUAUUCUUCUCGGAUAAAGUAAUUUUAGCUUAAUUUCUUGAAUUUU